AUGAGGCGCUCCUUGGCUCGCUCUCUACGACAGCAUCUCCACUCUGCUCUCCCUUCGAUCUGUGCUCGGCCGUCGUCCGCCCCCGUCCUUCAGUUCGGGCACCUGCGUUUACUCUCAAGCACGCCUAGCAUCGUUGCAUCGGCUUCACCUUUGAGGACCAGCCGAGCCAUGUCGAGCGCACAGGCCGAGAGCAGCAGCGCGGCCACCGCCACAUCGACGCGCACGUACGACGAUGCGAUCGAGGCGCUCAACUCGUUGCAGAGCAAUGCGGCGACCAUCGAGGCGCUGCGCAAGUCGGGCGGACGUCUGCUCGAUUUUGCCAUCCCCGAGAUGGUCGAGUAUCUGGAGCGCAUCGGCUACACCACCUCGGACCUCAAUCGGCUCAACGCCAUCCACAUCACCGGCACCAAAGGCAAGGGAAGCACCUCGGCAUUUGUGGAUUCGCUUCUGCGUCAGCUCACGCCCGUGUCCGCCUCGAACCCGCCCAAGGUGGGGCUGUACACGUCGCCGCACAUGACGAGCGUGCGCGAGCGCAUCCGCAUCAACGGCGUGCCCGUAUCGCAGGAGCUCUUCACCGCCUACUUUUGGCAGGUGUGGGAUCGUCUGGAACAGAAUCCCACGCGCAAGUUCGACUUGACGCCGCUGCGGCCCGUCUACUUUCGCUUCCUGACGCUGCUGGCGUUCCACGUCUUCCUGAGCGAGGGUGUGCAGCCGGUGAUCCUCGAGGUGGGCAUCGGCGGCAAGUACGACUCGACCAACAUUGUGCCGCGGUGCGUAGUGGCGGGCAUCACGCAGCUCGGCCUGGACCACACGGCCAUCCUGGGCAACACGGUGGAGGAGAUCGCGGUGCAGAAGGCGGGCAUCUUCAAGCAAGGCGCACCCGCAGUAUGCUGGGCACACCAGCCCGGGUCGGCGGUGGACGAGGUGCAGCGCGUGGCGAGCGAGGUGCGUGUGAGCGGCCUGCGCAUGGUCGAUGUGCAUCCUGCGCUCGCGUCGGGAGCACCCCAGAGCAUACAGCUUGGACUGCCUGGUGUGCACCAGCGCACCAACGCCAGUGUGGCGCUCGAGCUCGUCAACGCCUUUCUCGAGUCCGAGGCGGGUCGCUCGGCGUACACGGAGCAUGCGCACCGUGGAGCGGCAGGAGAGUUGGCUGCGUGGCAGAGGAAAGGCCUGGAGGAUGCGAGGUGGCCGGGUCGAUGCCAGACGGUGCCCAGUGCUCGUUCGGAUGCGGCUCUGACGUGGUACCUGGACGGCGCGCACACCACCGACUCGCUCAGCGUCUGUCUGGGCUGGUACACGGCCACGCAGCAGCAGCAGGGUCAAGAGAAUUGCAAGAAGCGUAUCUUUGUGUUCAACUGCACCAACGGGCGCAAUGCCCACGAGCUGCUCUCGUCGGUUCUCGAUGCAGUCGAAGCAAGCCUGCAUGGUGGUGAAGAAGCGGCGUCGACCAAGGCGGGCACGGAUCGCUACGCGCUGGCCAAGGACUACUUUGACGAGGCCAUCUUCACCACCAACAUCACGUUUGAGGGUGGCGGCUGGUCGUCCGAGCUGACGUCCAAGCUGCUCGACGAUGCCGAGCUUGUCAAUCUCACGGUGCAGAAGCAGUUGGCCGAGACGUGGAAGCAGCUCGUGCCCGGCUCGUCGACCGAGGUGCGCAUCACCCCCAGCAUCCAGGCGCUGCACAACCACGUGGUCGAGCUAGCGCAGAAGCAGCAGCAGGGUCAAGGUGGGGGUGUCGAGUGCCUCGUCACCGGAUCGCUGCAUCUGGUGGGCGGCGUGAUGGCGCACCUCCAACACAGCGGUUGUCUCGACGAUCGACUCGUCUCCACUGUGCGGCCCUGA